UUCUCCUGGGUUUACAGGGGAACUGGGUCUUGUACGAUACCGGACGUUGAUACUCCCUUGCAAGUGUCGUUUUUGUAUUCGUUUUCUUUUCAUAUGUCCUGCAUUAAUAGUAUUAACGUUACUGGUUAACGUUGAAUGUCUGUUUGCCUCGGUUAGGUUACCUAGCACGGAACCGACGGGAAUGGUUUAAUAAUUCACGUCUCGGUUCAUUCACGGUUGAGCUUCGGCUAUCCAGUUUCUUCCUCCGGUCUUAUUGGGUGGUUUCAGCUUGCGCAGUUUGUUGCCGGUCAUGGCAGGAGGAAUUAAAACGGGAUUUGUGCGUCUCAUGAACAAUUUACAGGAUCCGCAACAUGUCGCGCACUUCCAGCGGCUGUGCGGGGUUCGCGGGGUGGAGGCGCGUGACAGACUUAGUAACGGGGCAUCGUGGCUUCGCCACGGGGAUAACGUUAGUCAAAACGGAGGCGGAGAUGGCAUCCGUCGCAGAGCAGCAGAAACAGAGACUGAUCAGGAGAAGCGCAAUAACGGGGUGGCGAACGGGGCGGCAGCGCGUGAAACCGUAAACGACCGGGCACGGGAUGAACGUCGGGUGGACGGGUCCGAACAGGAUUGCGCUCGGGGAUCCACGGUAAAGCCGGUGCGCAGAAACUCUCUCACCGGAGAUGUCGGGCAGGAGUUCCUAAUCGAGAACAAACUUCUUUACUGCCUUUUCAUGCUCGGCACCGAGCUUGGUAACGAACUCUUUUACAUCUGUUUUUUCCCCAACUUCAUGUGGAACGUGGACGCGUUUGUGAGCCGGCGGCUCGUCGUGGUGUGGGUGUGGGUCAUGUAUCUCGGACAGUGCACAAAAGAUGUGGUCCGGCGGCCGAGACCCGCAUCACCGCCGGUGGUCAAGGUGGAGAUGUUUUACAACUCUGAGUACAGCAUGCCCUCUACUCAUGCCAUGUCCGGUACGGCCAUACCGGUGUCCCUAUUCCUGAUCACCUAUGGCCGGUGGGAGUACCCUCUUCUGCUGGGAGUCUCUCUGGCCAUCGUCUGGUGUGUGCUGGUGUGUUUAAGUCGCAUAUACAUGGGCAUGCACUCCAUACUGGAUGUCAUUGCCGGUUUCCUGUUCAGUUUGCUGAUCAUCUUGAUCUUUGGACCUGCUCUGGACACCAUUGACACAUUUAAUCAGACCCAUCCCUACGCCCCGGUCCUCAUCAUCUCGCUCCACCUGGGACUGGGCCUCUUCUCCUUCACGUUGGACACCUGGAGCACCUCUCGUGGCGACACCGCCCAGAUCCUGGGCUCCGGGGCAGGUAUUGCUCUGGCAUCCCACCUCAAUCACAGUUUGGGCCUGUUGUCAGACCCACCCGUGUCAAUGCUGCCGCUCCAACCCCCAGCUUUCACUCUCAGCAUGAUCGGGCUCUGUGCACUCCGCUUCCUCCUGGGCGUGAUUAUUCUUCUGGUGACCAGAGCCAUUAUGAAGGCCCUCACCAUCCCGCUCGUGUGCUGGGUUUUUGGGAUUCCGAGCAACGACGUUCGGAAAGCCAGGCAGCACAUGGAGGUGGAGCUGCCGUAUCGAUAUAUCGUCUAUGGAACUGUGGGGUUCAAUUCACUUUUCCUCGUGCCUUUUGUGUUAGCACACAUAGGACUGUUGUGAUUAGGUGGAAAAGACAUCCAUUAAGAUUUCGGCCAAUAUGGACUGCAGAGGCCUAUCCCAGUCUGUGAUUGGAUUAAACUAACGCCAGUCAUGAACACUGUGCUUUCACCUUGCAGAAAUUCCCCUGAUCUAAACCAUCAUUUCUGUUGAUUUAUACUGCGGUUUAGCACCCGAAUAUGGUGUUGUCCUCGACUCAGAGAUUAUUAGCUUUUUCUAUACAAUUUGCAUGGCCUAGUAUCAUAUCUGUCUGAUUUAAGAUUUUAAAACCUAUUUUGUUCACAAAUCUUAUGAACUUUUGUAACUUCAAUAAGCCUGUCAGAAUUAUCAAGCAAUACAGUGGUUUGUAAGUUACCUUAAACUUUUAAUAAUAGAUGCUAGAAUAGAGCUUGUUUCUGCCACACUGAGUUUCUUAGAAGGACUUUUAACUCUUGUAUCAAGAGUUUAGAAAGUAGGCUGAAGUCACUCAGGUUUGUUUGUGUUUUUUUAGAGUAAAGGUGUAUGGACAGCCCACUUAAUCUGUCAGGUGUGACCAAUGCAAAUUAGUGUUAAACUCGGCAUCAACAUUUACAUUUCUCAGCGGUGAACCAUCUGGCCAUAAUACUUAAAAAAAAUCACUAUACAAAACAACCCUGGUGUGAUGGUUUGCUGUCAGGAGCAGCAUUGAUCUUUUUCGAUUUAAAGUUGAUUCAUUUUAUCCAGACACUUAACCUCUGAUCUAAUGCAGGUUUGACUAUUUCUCCAAAGACUUUUACAUCUCAUAAACUCUUUAUAAUGUUAGACUGCCUUAACAGACCACUCAAAACUAGUUUCUAGAUGAGGUUAAACCCAAACUGUGGGUUAGUUUGUUUUUGAAAUUGCACUAGUGAUUUAAUUUCAGGUUAUAUAGUUUAACUUUGAAUUGGUUUAUGUCUGUUUAUAGAUUGAAUGUUUGUCAGGUUUAAAUUUGGUACGUCGUGCUUCAAAAUAGAUGUGCUUUCAGUCUUGUUUUCUAAAAACAGAGUAAUGAGUGCUUUGACUAAUAGCUUUUUCAUUUUGUGUGUUGAAACAAAGUAAGUAUCAGAUAAUUGUUGCCUUUUGAUAAUCAAUGUGUUAAAGCAUAGAUGUAUUUUUGGUACCGUUUUGAAAUGCAGUGUUCCCAGAAUGCACUGCUCUGCUGCCUGCUGUUGUGGGUGUUUGGAGGUUAGGUUUGUGUGACACGCCAACGUGCUUGUGUUUUUGCUCUUCCUGUGGCCUUGUGUGUUCUUACAUGCACGCAAGUUCCUUUUUGCUGAAAGGGAAGGUGGUUUUCCAGGUCCUUUUGUAAACACAAUUGUUUUAUGAUUCUCAGAGUGAUGAGGAAAACAGUGAUUCUACCAAGCAAGUGUACAUUGAGGGCAGAUCUAGGAAGAGAACACAAGUAGGAACUUGAUAAACAAACACUGUCCUGUUUAGUGUUGACUGUUAUUUCCUGGACCAACUUUGUAUGUUUGCAGGAUUCCUUAUAAGUGACUCCAUAGAAAAUUGAAUUUGUGUGUUUGCUUGUUGAUGACAGUAGCUUUUAGCGUAUUAUGAGCUAGCAACAUUGAACUCAGAGAAAACUAACAAUUUUUUGUUUGACCAAAUACAAGUUCUUUCAAAAGCUAUAAAUACACUAUAUUGUAGAUUUUGGGUCCCACGAAUUCCUGCUAUUCACACAGUUCUAAGCAUUUCCUUUCCCUGGCAUGUUUGUUUAUCAAUAUUUUUGAUAAUGCUUUAAGCUUCCAGUGAGACUGUAGUAUUCUGAGAUUGUUUUAACAUUUCCUCCAUGUUAAAUUCAUUCUGCAGAUGUCUGCAUCCUCCCCCCAGAUUUACCUGUUAGUCUAAAAACGAAUGGUAAAAAAAAUCUAAAAGGUUUAAAGUAUUUUAUCUGUGAUUUGGCUUUCUCUGGGUUUUUAAGUGUGUAGCUUACUCUACUCUAUAUGAGAUACCACAAAGUGCCUUUAAUGUAUGUGCAAAAACUUUCUUUCUAUCUUCUGUGAUGUUUGAUCUUCGCAGAGAUUUGUUUUAUUUUCUUUAAAUUGUUCAAAGGAGUAUGUGAAAUUUUGAACAGAGUGGGAAUAUUCUAAAUGAAAAUAAUUGCUGCUCUGUCCAUACUGGCCUGCAGUCAGUGAUUUAUAUCCUGUGUUUUAAACAAUCAAAAAUAAAACAUUUCAUGUACAACUCGGAUGUGUUCCAUUUUUUCCAUGUGUUCC